AUGAGUAAAGAUAGGUUUCUGGAAAUUAUGAAAUUUCUUCGUUUUGAUAAUAAAUUGACAAGAUCUUCACGUUUGCAGUGUGAUAAAUUUGCACUAAUAUCCGAGGUAUGGAAUACUUUUAUAGACAACUGCAAGCUUUGCUACAAACCAAAUGAAAACAUUACGAUUGAUGAACAGUUAUUCCUUACAAAAACAAGAUGCCGUUUUUUGCAGUAUAUGCCUAACAAGCCUGAUAAAUUCGGAAUAAAAUUUUGGCUAGCAGUAGACGUUAGGACAAAAUACGCAUUAAACAGAUUUCCAUAUUUAGGAAAAGAUGAAAUGAGACCAAGUGAUCAAAGUUUAGGAGAGAACGUAGUAAAUCGUUUAGUUGAUCCUUACAAAAAUACUGGCCGAAAUAUAAUUACAGACAGUUUCGUUACAUAA